AUGGCACCACCAAAACCAUCUGCUAAAGGAGCAAAGAAAGCCGCCAAGUCCCAGAAGCCCCGUGAUGGAGCCAAGAAGAGACACAACAAGAGAAAGGAGUCGUACUCGACCUACAUCUACCGUGUUCUCAAGCAAGUCCAUCCAGACACCGGAGUCUCGUCGAAGGCUAUGUCGAUCAUGAAUUCGUUCGUGAACGACGUUUUCGAGAGAAUCGCCGCUGAAGCUUCCCGAUUGGCCCACUACAACAAGAGAUCGACCAUCUCGUCUCGCGAAAUCCAAACCGCGGUCAGAUUGAUCUUGCCGGGAGAAUUGGCGAAACACGCCGUUUCGGAAGGAACCAAGGCUGUCACCAAGUACACCUCCAGCAAGGCCACAAAAUCUUAUUUAAUUGCUGAUAAAAUAAAUUAUUUGCAUUAA